AUGGCACCGAGACUUCCACCAUCCAAGCUGCAUCUCAUCCGCGACAUGAUAGAGAGCCAGUCACUUGGCACAUCUAAAAUGGCCGAAGAAGCAGAGUGCAGCCAGGCUACGAUUAUAAAUAUUCGCGCAAACUUGCGACAGUUUGGUAGUGUGCACGCACCCCCAACUCGAAUAGGACGGAGACGGACUGUAACACCACUGAUGAUCGAAGCCCUCUGCGAACACCUGUCUGAAAAGCCUGGUUUAUACCUCGAUGAGAUGGCUGUUUUCCUCUGGGAUGAAUUCCGCACCCUAGUCACAACCUCCAGCAUCAGACGAGCCCUUGUUGCCAAAAGUUGGUCUAAAAAGAGCACUCGGCAGCAAGCGAGGGAGCGAGAUGCCGAUUUGCGAGAAUGGUAUCUGCAUAAUUUAUCGGAUUUUCAGUCGUAUCAGCUGGUUUACGUUGAUGAAUCCGGAUGUGAUAAAAGGGUUGGAUUCAGACGGACAGGCUGGUCACCAUUUGGUGUGUCCCCUAUGCAAGUGUCACAAUUUCAUCGCGACCAGCGAUAUCAAAUACUGCCUGCCUAUUCCCAGGAUGGAAUCGUUUUCUCACGCUUUGAUGCCUUUCUUGGAUGGUGUAUUGAUAUGGUCGGUGCAAAAGAAGAGAGUGCUAGAGGUCAUUUUCGGCACGCAGGCUUGAAAAUUGAAGAAGUCUUAAAAGAUUGUUAG